AUGUAUACUCGCACUGUAUUUCUGAUUGUUUAUGCAGCUGCGCGCGUUCAACGUGCUCAUUUCAGUAUAUGGGUCCCGGACGCAGAAGGUGCACAGCAAGGAAGCAGAAUCCACGUGGUUGGCAAUCCCAUGAUCGGAUAUUUCUUGGAAUUCAAAAGGGAUUACGAGCCAUUGGAGACCAAGCGAGUUCUACAGUUGAUCGAGAUUGGGCCAGUCUUAGUUCAGCAUCUGUCAGAAAUCAGUUCUGAAGCGCAGGACAUGCCACGAAAUAACCUUGAGAUGGCAGCGACACAAAUCCAGCCGCCUAGAGCCAACCCUAACUUCCUGACGGUAAGUACAACGAGUUCUGACAGCCAGACAUGGAUGUUAGAAUAUGUUCGUCAUCUUGUUACCCUCGGAUAUCUUGAUGAAGCGGCUAUAGACAUAGUUCAGUCAAACCAAGACCCGCCACAAGUUGGCAUUAGACUACGACCCACUGCUGCUCGCCCACGGUAG